GCCAGGGGAGAAGACGAGUAGGAGGAGGAGGAGGAGGAGGAGGGGGGGGGAAAUGAACGGGGGGCUGUCUUUUUUCCCUGCCGCCGGUCAGCCUCGAGCUUCUUUUGACGGUCGGCGCUUGGGAGAGGGAGGGGGUCACGUGAGUAGCCGCCUGAGGUUUAGCGCGUUUCAGGUGGUUUCAAGGCGCGAUUGGCUGCAAGAGCAACUGCAAGAGCAACUGCACAGCAUCUCAGAGCAAGCCAGGUUGCACAGAGACGCCGUACGACGCGCUGGCAGCUUGAUCGAUCUACGGGGGGGGGCUCUGUGUUUCGACUUGGUAUGCUGGAGUGCAACUGAGAUGAGAACGCCAUUGUUUGUUCGAUCGGGAGCCAGCUCACUCGACAUAUUCUAAGUCACAAAAGAGAGAGAAAUACAUAGAAAGAGAGAGAGUUACGAAGUAGGUGCUGGUUGACAACCUGUGCCCUCCACAGUCUUGAUGGCGUCGAGAUAUCUGCUUCAGAAGCAUCCUCGGACAGUUCGGCGAAUUCGGACGGAAUGGCAGCCGAGUCCAGCGACUGGUCCGCAACAUAGUCCGCGGCGGUGUGCCCUUCAGUUGUU